AUGAGCAGCUCAAACAAGCUCAAAAUCAUCAUAGUCGGUUCAGGCCUAGCUGUGUUGGCUGUAGCACGUAUCCUCCGAGAUCAUCACCAAGCCACUGUAUAUGAACGUGGUGAUGAGGCAGUUGCAACCGGCGGACAAGGAAUCAUCCUUGCCUCUAAUGGCGUCAAAAUCCUCCGAACUAUAGGCUAUGAUAGUACUCGUGCAGGUGCAGUUCCUAUUCUUGGGAUACGAACUUACGACAAAGAAGGAAAUGUAUUAGAAGAUGCUGAUAUGGAUCUGGAGGCUCGAUUUGGUGAAGAGUGCUUAGCUCAAAAGAGAUCUGAUUUCAGGGAUGAGCUUCUACGACUUGCAACUGCCCCUUCAGCCGAGCUUGAUAUCGAGGGUGAUCCGGCGGAGAUGGUGUUUAGCACUCAGGUGGUAGACUUGGAACCCGAAGAGGGAGUUGUUACUCUCAGUGAUGGAUCAACAGCUGCGGCAGAUGUCGUAAUCGUUGCGGAUGGCGUACAUUCCCGCCUUCGCAACAGAAUCCUCGGCAGCAACGGGUAUACCGCCAAGAAAGUGGGACUUACUUGCUACCGUGUAGCGAUCUCGGUUGAAGAUGCUAAGAGAGCAUUGGAUGGUGUCCCUCUUCCACAUUGGUGGGAGCCUAGCACUUGCAAGAAUCGCUCAUCACUUUUGAUGUCCAACGAUUGCUCUUUCAGAGUUGUGACCUGCUACCCAAUUCGGUAUCAUACAUACUUCAACCUUUCUAUCAUUAAGCUUCAAGGUGUUGAAGUGUUGAUGCUGCUGGGACCAACGUAUCAUCACAAGAAAGCACAAGAAGUUCAAAUGAACAAGAUGAGAAAGCGAAAUCAAGAGGAUCAGAGGAGGAAGGAUGUGGAAUCUUAUUGCUGCAUCUAUGGUGCAAGACACCGUCUUCAUUCACAACACCUUCACCUGCAGUAUGUUCCGGCUCUAAGUCGUGAAGCAAGUUAG